GCCCAUUUGACGUUGUAAGUUUUAUCACAUUUCAAAUUUUGGUAGAAAAAAGUGCAAAAACAGAUUUGCAAAGUUUGCUUAUCCUUAGUUUUACCGUUCUUUUUAACAAUUAGACGAAUUCGUUGGCUGUGACGGGACUUCAUCUGUCGUCUGUUUCCCUCAUUCAAGAUGAGCGAGAGCUACACUCGUUCCAAAUAUCACCUCUUGGUUGUUGGAAAUAUAGUGCUUUUUCUCAACGGAAUGGCCAUUUUUUGUGUGAAUCCUGUGUUCCCUAGUAAGGGAAUGGAACAUGGACUAUCUAAAGUGCAAAUUGGGCUACUUAUGGCUGUAUCAAAUUACUUUGCUUCGAUGGGAGGUCCUCUGUCGGCAAAGUUUGGAAGCUAUAUUAGCGUUAUGGCCAGUUACAACAUUGGUGCCAUUUUGAUGGGUCUCUCAAUUGGGUGUUUCGGGUGGAUCGACUUGCUCUCAAGCAAUACCAAUGUGUUCUUCACGUGGGUGCUUUUAUUAAGGGCAGCAACUGGAGUGGCAGAAAGUCUAAUUCUGAUCAGCAUGAUGACCAAAAUAAUGGAUACUUUUCCAAACCAACGUGGACUAGUCAUUGGAACCUCGGAAACAUCCCUAGCCAGUGGUUUGAUAUUCGGGAGUGCGUUGUCGAUUCAAUUGGUUAGCAAGUUUACAUUCUACUUGCCAUAUCUUAUCAUUGGUUCGUUGCAUUUGAUAAUGAUUCCCAUUGCAAAUUGCUUCGCUUCCAGAGCUCAAAGAGAAUAUGUCAAACUCGAUUCUGACACCAGAAUGGUCCCAAUUGGCACACUCUUAACGAAACCACUGGUAAUGCUACCAAUAAUCAGCAAUUUCUUUGCCAAUUUUGCCUUGGGAUCCCUCUACGCACUGACUGAAUAUCGAGCUCAGCAGCUGGAUUUGAGUCCAACCAUCUACACAACUUUUUUUGUGAUCUAUGGACUAACGACCUUGAUAUUCAGACCCUUGGGCGGGAUGUGUUGUGAUGCAGACCCGCCCACGCCAAUUUAUUGGAAUUUGUUCUUUGAUUCUGGAGGCAUCAUUGGCUUUCUCCUCAUUGGACCCAUCAGUCAACUUUGGGAUGGUGGAAGGGAUUGGUUCUUCAUCAGUUCCACCGUGUUCUUUGGCCUUCUCAAUUGUUGUCUUAUUGCUACGUGUUCAAGAGCUCAAAAUGGAGUUGGUCUAUCUGGUCUACCCAUGAAUGAAAAAAUUUCUCAACGAGUUCAAUCAUUAUGGGCGACAUUAUUCUUCCUGGGCUUGGGGAUGGGGUCCCACGUGUCUGGUUACUUGAUAUCGGUUAUGUCUUUCAACAAUAUCAUGAUAACUAAUGCAGCAAUCGCACUAGUGGCUUUCUUUAUUGAUCUAUUCGCCCUUUGUAUUUCAACCAAAGGUCGAACUUAGUGGGAGCAAACAAAUGCAACGAAAUAAUAA